AUGGAUGUAGAGAAGGGUGGGAUGGGUGUUGAAGAAUUGGACCUCUUGUGGUUUCUGUUUGAGUCAUGGUUGGUCCCUCUGUCUAGUCUGAAUCCAAAUAGCGAUGAUAUUGCCAGAUUGUUGGCUAUUGGUGAAAGUCGUAGCUUCCAUGGGAUGACAUUCUCCACCAAUGCACUAUCAUGUCAAUGGUCACCAUUAGUCCAUUACUCAAUGGGUUACUAUCUUGCUGAAGGUAUCUACCCGUCGUGGGAUGUUGAGCGUGCUUUUGGUGUUCUACAAGCGACGUUUGCAAUAGUGCGCGGGCCAGCUCGAUACUUCAAACGUUCAACACUUCAUGAUAUAAUGUUGGCAUCCAUAAUACUGCAUAAUAUGAUUGUUGAAGAUGAACGACAUUUACAUGUUCAACCUGAUAUUAUAGACAUAUAUAAGCAAGUUGAAGAUGGUCCUCCAAUGCCAACACUGGAACAAUUACGAACUAAUGAGUUUCGAAACUUUGUUGACCAACACAUUCGCAUCCGAGAUAGAGAAACACAUACUCAACUUCAAACUGACCUUGUGGAGCAUUCAUAG